CUGGACCUCAUGGAGCUCAUCGGCAACUUCUCCUUCUAUGACGACGACGACAGCAACGAGACCUUUCUGGACUAUGGGGCCGCGCCGUGCCAUAACCAGUACUGCCCCUUCUUCCAGCGCGUGGCUCCCCCGUUCCUGGCUGUCACCAGUGCCAUGGCCAUGCUGGGCACCACGGCGCUGCUGGUGGCACUGGCCAAGCGGCCGCAGUGGCUGCAGAGCCGGGCAAUGGUGGCACAGUUGGCCGUGGGCUCGGGGCUGUUUGCCGUGGUGCUGCCGGCGGUGGCGGUGGGCAUCGGGCAGGGCUGGCGGCUAGGCACAGCGCUGUGCCGGCUCAUGUACCUCCUGUGGUACUGGAGCCUCUUCGCCCAGGGGCUGCUGGUGGCCUCCGGCUCCUGCGGCAGCUUCUGGUGCCGCUGGGACGCGCGGAGCCGGCGCUUGGCCGUGGCCGUGUGGGCCCUGGCGCUGCUCUUGGCGACGCCGGCGGCUCUCACCAGCGGCACCGCGGCGGCGCCGGAGCCGAGCUGCCUCCGCCGCAGCGUGGACAUGCUGUCCCCGGUGAACCUGCUGCACCUCGGCCUCUGCUUCUGCCUGUUCCUGCUGCUGCCGGCGGCGCUGCCGGUGGCCGCGCUGGCCGUGCCGCGGUGGCGGGCGCGCUGGGCGCCGGACGUGGCCGCGAGCUGGGUGUUCCUGGCGCUGUGGGUGCCGCACGGCGCGGCGCUGGCCAUGGAGCUCCUCCUGCACGCCCGGCUCCUGCCGCAGUCCUGCGGCACCUUCCAGCACUUUGACUACGCGCUGGGGCUGAGCGAGGCGCUGGGGGUGCUGCACUGCUGCCUGGGGCCCGCCGCGGUGCUGCUGGCUGCCCGGCUCUGCCGCACCGCCCCCGGUACCGGCCCCUCGCCCCACGGCAUCCCCAUCGCUUCUGCCCCAUAGCCAACGCUCCCCCAGGCCUCGGGGGGCUGCUACGUUGCAGCCUUGGUGCCCGUCUCCAUCCCCACUGCUUGUGGCUGGACACCCCCGUUUGCUCCAUAGGCAUCACCCUGGGGUGCCUUGAGCAUCUCCCCAAGGCCUCAGGGGCACCCAUGGGGAGGGUUCAAUGUGAAGCAAUGGGGGGGGGGGUCCUUCUUUCCUGACAAGUUGGGAUGAGCCCCAUGUCCAGAGCGGCUGCUGGGAAUUGCAUCCAAUAUAUACAUGUGCUGGAGGCGCUGCCAAGCUCAGUUAAUGGCCGGGGCUGGGGGCACCAGG